AUGAAUGACCCUGAAAAAGUGAAUCUUGAUUAUCAAAAGAUUUAUGGUCAGAUAAUAAAAAUAAUUGAAGAUAUUCAUGAUUUUAAAUUUCAAUUGUCAUCGUUUUAUAAAUUUAUCAACAUUAUCACAUUAAAACGUGAUAUUAGAUUCCUGGUGAAUUUAUGUCAAACCGAUGAAUCAUUAUUCAAGGCUUCCAGAUUGAGUAGUCGACAGUCAGUACAGCUUAAACUUGAAUACUGUAAAUCUUUGUCUUCAAAACAAGAAUAUCUCCCUUGUACUAUUCAAUUAACAGGAGUUAAACACUAUCCAACAAUCUAUAGCACGUUGACUGUUCAAACAGGUGAUAUAUCUAGAUGGAGGAAGCUUAUGAGUCGAACUAAGCUGUCAACAAGUGAACAGCUGGUAUUUAGGGCUAAUCAAAGCUUACAAGUACCUGUUACCUCGCAUAAUAUCACAUGUGUUAUUCAUUCAACAUGUCAAGAAAUUCAUAUGUUGCAGACUAUUCUAGAAUACCUUGAAAUAUUAACUGAACAAGUAAUUGGAUCAGAGAAUCGAAAUGUAAACACCAUUGACUAUAAUGAUUUAAACAAUUUACUGUGUGAUAAUGUAAUACACAUUUGUAAAAUUAUGUCACGUUUAGUUGAAUAUAACGUUUUAACAGCGGGUGAUUCGGAUGCAGUAAAACCGCUUGUUUUAAAGCCCGUGUGCAAGAUUUUUUGCCUUUGGAGGUCAAUAACUUCCGAAAUGGGCAAACUAUUUUCCAAACUUUUUGGAAGUAAAGAAAUGCGUAUUCUUAUGCUGGGUCUUGAUGCUGCUGGGAAGACAACCAUCCUUUAUCGACUAAAGCUUGGCUCCAGUGUCAGCACUAUUCCCACGGUUGGCUUUAAUGUCGAAACCGUAACUUACAAAAAUGUAAAAUUCAAUGUUUGGUUACUUUUUUUUCUUUUCUAUAGGAUGUUGGUGGUCAAGAGAAAAUCAGACCAUUAUGGCGUCAUUAUUUCACUGGAAGUCAAGGUCUUAUAUUUGUUGUCGACAGCUCAGAUCGAGAUAGGAUAGAAGAGGCUAGACAAGAAUUGCAUCGAAUUGCAAAUGAUCGAGAAAUGCAAGAUGCUAUUGUCCUUGUAUUUGCAAAUAAACAAGACCUUCCUAAUGCUAUGAGACCAAAUGAAAUUCAAGAACGUCUUAUGCUAACACGAAUGCGUGAAAAACGUCUUUGGUAUGUUCAACCAUCGAUUGCUACCACAGGCGAAGGAUUAUAUGAAGGUUUAACGUGGUUAAAUGAAAAUCAUGGACCUCGGUGAUUUUUAAAAAAAAUUUAAUUUUUGUCUUCCCCUGUUUUCAGUCUACGUCUACUACUUCUUGUGAUGAUUUAAUUUUGAAUAACUGUCAACAGAUAGUAAGGAUGAUAAAUGCUACAGCAUCAGCUGAAACUCACUCCGCCCCGUCCCCCCUUUAUACACACAAACAGAUAAACAUGUCUACUCUCCUCUUAUCAAUAUUUAAUCUCUUCUGUUUUUCAAAGUUUCCACUUUCUCAUAUUGUUCCACAACUUUUCAUACUUGUUCAAAUGUAGUCUGUUUGUAUAUCAUUUUAUUUUGUUUUUGUGUACCCUCCUUUCUUUUCUUUUAGUUCCUCUUGAUUGUUUCCUAAUUUUAUUUUUUUUGCCUGAUAAAGCAAACAAAAAUGAGUAUUUUCACUUCAUGUGUGUAUAGGGGACUUAUGAAAUUGGAUCCUAGCGCUUUCAUGCACCCUUCCCGUUUCACCUGGCACUCAACUUUCCGGUUGAAUUAUCUUCUUAGGUACUAUGCAGAACAUCUUCCCGCAUGCUAAUUAUCUAUCAUAUUUAAGCUUCUUCCUCAGAAAUUAUUUAAAAUUAUCGUACUAAAAAGAAAUAGUACACUUUAAAGGAGAUUUUUCUCUGCCUGUUACUAAUCCUAUCAUUAUUACUGUUACAUUUUCAUGUAUACAUAUAUGUGUUGAUUGGUUAUUGCUGCUUUACACUGUCCCAUCUGUCUAUCCGUCUCCUUUUCACGUCCGGUAAUUGAACCUCGCCUCAGCGUACUGAAAUCUAUUAUAUAUGCAUGGAUUUAUUUAUUAACCAAUUGAUUUACACGGUGAUUUUUAAUUCUUAUACAAACUAACCAGCAGAAGAAAAUCAUAUUCCCCUGUUUUUACUCUUCUUGUACAUACUACUUACUAUUAUAUAUUUGGUGAUGUUUGACUUUGCCUUUUGAAAAGACAUUACGGUUAACGGUGAUGAUGAUCACUUCUAGCGUCUAUUCAUGGUUCAUUUUCGUUCUAAUUUAGUCUGCUUUUUUCGAUUGAAGUGUAUCUUGUUUCGUUUCUACUCCCCCCUUGUGUGUGUGUGUGGAGAGAGAGAGAACAAGUGGACAAUAGUGAAAGUUAUUCGUCGUUAGAAUACCAAAAAAUUAGGACAAUUUUUAUGGAAAAAAAUAUUAGAUAUAUAGAAAGUCACUUUCUUAUCGUUGAUUUUCUUUCUUUCUGUUUUCUCUGCUUUUUCCAGUUAUUUUUUACUUCCAUUUGUCACUAUUUAUUAAAUAUAGUGGAUGGUUUUUCAGGUUAUACUGAUCCUGUUACAAGAAGAGAAUCAGUAGGUUGCUAUUCUACACCCUACCAUUCGAUUUCACCCUGUAUACUGGUUGGUGUGUGUUAUGAACUUUAUCGAUUAUUUACUGGACACCUGUAUAUGUAUAUAUACUCAAUAAUCAAAUAGUAUUUUCCAUAUUGAACUUAUGGUUGUUCAAUGUUAAAUUGAUAGUAAAGUUUGUUUUGUUUAUUUUCUUCAGUUUUGUGUGUGUGUGUGCGUGUAUUUUGAAAAAAGAUUUUUCGGCUAAUCACCUCACUUCUUCUGAUUUUACAUCACCAUGUGAUGCAAAAAAGCAUACCUUGUUUUCUGGUGUGUUUUUCUUCUCUAAUCUUCAUUAAAAGAGAAGCUUCGUUGAUUUCCUGUACUUUCAACUAGUUGUUUUAACUAGACGAGUAAGUGAAUGAUGAAUUAAGUGAAAGGAAAUCUUUUAAGAGCUGUGAUCGUUUUUGUAACAUCGAUCAGUUGUUAACAGUUGGGUAGAAUGCAUAUGAGAUUAAUGCUAUUGUAUGUAUGUACCUGCAAUUUGUCGGUUAUAGGUCACUUUUUUUUCUCUUAUUGUUUUGCUUUUCUGGAUUUAAUAAAGGUUUUCUUUCUGUAUUU